AUGACAACCCAAACCCCCCAAAAACAAGAAUUCCGCAUCCGCGAUUUAGGAACUCGCAGCGUCCUACUCUUCCCCACCCGCGCCCAAAUAAUCCGCGACAUAAAAGACAUCACCAUCCAUCCCGGCGCAAACCAGAUAAUCAUCGACGGCCUGGCUCCAACAAUAGACGAGCACUCUGUUAAAGUCGAAGGCUCGGGUGCGGCAACCAUUACAGAUGUUUCGGUGAACCUUCUUCCUAACCGGGAGCUUUAUGAGGAUGUCUACCCCUCUGAUGGAGAGGAUGAGGAUGAGGAGGAAAGUAAGAGUGAGAGCGGGCCUAAAGGUGUGAAGAGUAUUGAAGAUAGUAUUAGGGGGUUGGGUGUUAGGUUGCUUGCGGAGAGCGAGAAGAUCAAUUCAGCGGUUUUUCGAUUGAAAGUUAUUGAUACGUAUGUAACUGUGACGGCGUCCUCUAGCGAGAAGACAACGGUUGAUAUGGUGAAGCUUGUUAAUGAAUAUGGGCAAGAACGACAGAAGGUCUAUCAUGAUCACGAGGCUGGUACAUUGGCCGCAGAGAGUAUCCGAUCCCAAAUACGGGCUGCCGAGGAGGAGAAAGCGAAAUUGGUGAAGAGCUGGACGAAAUCCACUGAGAAGAAAGAGAAGGAGAGGGCGAAACUAACAGAAAAGAGAUUCCGUGAUAGAGCGGAGAGGAGGAAGGAGAAGCAACGUGUUAGGAAUGAACGUUUGAGUUUCUGGGCAAAGAAUGUUUAUAGGGUGACUAUCAAUCUUGAGCCUGCAAGUGAUACACCAUCCUCCUCAAGAAGAAGUUCAACAAGCGAGAUUGUCACCCCAAGCCAUACCAACCUUGUAACAUCAACCUUCCACGAAACGACAGAAAAGCCUUUACCAAAAGACAAAAUCAACCUCUCCAUUUCUUACAUCACCUACUCUGCAUCCUGGUCCCCUCGCUACGACCUAAGUCUCAACACAGUGAAAUGCACCGGCCUCCUCGAAUACGGAGCCGAACUGCGAAACACUACAUCAGAGACCUGGAAAGAUGCAAAAUUCAUCCUCUCCACUUCACAAACGACAUUCUCAGGUCUGUCUGAAGAUAUCCCAACAUUGGAACCCUGGCAAGUAUGUCUGCAAAAAGGGGCUGGGAAAGACGGCGGACUCAUGAGUACCAACGAAGUUAUAGCCAAGAGAGAUGAAUGGAAUAAAACUGUCUUCAAUACCAAUGAGAAACCGCGCUGGGUGGAUUUUGGUGCGAGUGAGAGCGAUACGACACUUGCUCGAUAUCAGGAAACCCAGCAAGGUCACAUACUUGCUCAACAACGGCACAGAGAGAAACUUAUGCAGGAUUUCCAUGCCGGGCAAAAAGAGGCGUCGGCGGACACGAAAAAAAAUACAGCUUUUUCAUCAUUCGGUGCACCCGCAGCUGCUCCCGUAGCAAAUCCAUUGUUUGGUGCAGCACUAGCACAGUCAUCUCAAGGACGAGCCUCUGGGACAUCACUAUUUGGAAGCGCCAGAGCGACAGCAGAUCUCGCUCCUGAAAGUGCCAAAAUAGGUGCUCUAUCCGGUUUCGGUUCAACAGGUCCAGCAGGUAGUAGCCCAUUCGGAGCCGUCAUAAACGCAACCGCAACAAAUCCGUUUGGCAAAGCAACCUCACAGUCUUUUGGCGGAAACUCUGUAUCGUCACUAUUUGGAAAUAUGGCCACGAAGCCAGCAGGCGUCGCAGCAAAAAGACCAGCUCCAGAAGAAGAAGUACUAAAUGACUUCGAUUUCGACAGCUUCACCGGACCCGUCGACUUCAACUUCGACGGCUCCAUGGAGCCCGUCCCCCAAGAUUCACUAAACUUCGAGGCAGGAACCUGGGAAGAAACAGGCCUGACAACAACCUACGACCUACCCUCCACCAAGACGCUCUCUCCCUCUCCCACGGCAAGUAAGCAUAAAAUUGCCAAGAGCCCCUUUUCCGACAUCCACUUCUCGCACAUUCUAUUCCCCAAACUACGGGCUGUAGCAUUCCUGAAAGCACAUCUGCGGAACACAUCAAAAAUUACCCUGCUCAAGGGUCCUCUUGGUUUAAGUCUGGAUAACUCAUUCUUGGGACAAACCACGUUCCCGCGGUGCUCAGCGGGCGAGAGUUUCUCCUUGCCAUUGGGAGUAGAUCCUACGCUACUGGUGAGUUAUGGGAAGCCUGUUGUGCGACGGAGUCAGAGUGGGAUAUUCAGCAAGGAGGAUAGUAAUCUGUUUACACGUACAAUAACAAUUCAGAACACGAAACAUAACAGUAUGCCCGUGGAUGUCACGGUCCUGGAUCAGAUCCCUGUAUCUGAGGAUGAGCGGUUGAAGAUCGAGGUUGUGAAUCCGGCUGGUUUGAAGGUUGGUGGUGCGGCGGUGAAGACGGGUGUUGAUGCUUUGGUGAACGGUUCCCGGCUUGGUUCGACUGGUGGGGAACGAAGUGGUACUGCUGCCUAUGAGAGAGAAAGAUAUGGCGGUGCUGGUGCGAAGGAGAAAGAGAAAUGGGGAACCGCCCUCGCGACAGCAAAGAAACUUGGUGAGAUAUCUUGGAGCGUGAUGUUAAACCCGGGACAAGGAGUGAAACUAGUAUUGGAAUAUGAGGCGACGUUCCCGGCGGGGGAAGGAGUUGUUGGUCGCUAA